UGGUUGCUUCAGGAACAUUCUCCGCUACGUCUCAUUACCCAUCCUCAUCUCUCCCGCCUGCAUCCUCCAGUAUAUUCUACUGUUUCCCUCAGGGGCUCAGGGUGCCUCGACGCCGUGCUGCAUUCUUCCUAGCCGAUGGGUUCUUUCAAGAGCUCGCAGGCCUCUCUUCUUCGCCUCUCCCCCGUCCACUUCGUCGCUUCCUUUCGCUCCCUAAGUCCUCGUCUCAAGAAACCUCAACUUUCUACCGUCUCUUGGUUCUUCCUCAAGAAAGCGAGGCUCGUUAGGUCAACCCGCAGACUGGAUCGAAGUCACGUGGUUUCCGUCGACGAGAAAAACUCUGGGAACUUCAUAAUGGAAGAGGAGCGACCUUCUUUCGAUCUCAAUCUCGCCGUUAUUCUUGCUGGGUUUGCUUUUGAGUCCUAUAGAAACCCUCCGGAUGAUGUCGGAUGGCGCGAGGUUGAUGCUACUGAUUGUCAAACGGUGUUCCUUUCUGAGAAAUUUGUUCGUGAAAUAUAUGACGGGCAGCUUCAAGUUAAGUUAAAGAAAGGUGUAAACUUUCCCGCGAUGGACCCAUGGGGAACAAGUGAUCCUUAUGUAGUAUUACAACUUGAUGGUCAGGUUGUCAAAAGCAAGGUGAAAUGGGCGUCAAAGGACCCAAUAUGGAAUGAGAACUUAACUUUAAAUCUCAAGAAGGUAUCAGGAAAAACUUUACAGGUUAUGGCUUGGGAUGCAAACCUUGUUGCUCCACACAAACGGAUGGGAAAUGCAGCAGUUAGCAUUGAGUCUUUCUGCGAUGGCAAUCUGCAUGAGGUGGAAGUGGAUUUGGAAGGGAUUGGUGGUGGUGGAAAGAUAUAUCUAGAGGUUAUUUAUAAGAGCUGUGAUGAAAUUGAAAAAGAUAAACAAUGGUGGAGAAUAUCUUUUUUGUCAGAUAUUCUUAUGAAAAGCAGCUGUGGAUCUGCACUGAAAAUUUUCUUCGGUUCUGAGGGUAUCAACGUUAGUCAGUUUGUAGACUCUGCCUUUGGGCAAUUAAACACAUUCAGAUAUACUUAUCUUGAGAAACCUUCCUCGUCCAACAAUGAUAAUGUUGGUUCAGAACACACUGAAACAAAUAAGUUUCCUGGUUCAUCCACAUUUCUGCAGCAAGAUAGCAGUCCACAAUCUUCAGGUUGCUCCAUAAAUAACUCAAACUUUGAGAAAGAAGUCACCCCUGUUCCUCUCCAAAAUGUUGAAGGAAGAUGGUCCUUCGAAAAACAGGAUGGUAGAUCUGAUCCACCAGAUGAGUAUUUCUGGAGAACUUUUGCAGAUAGUAUUAAUCAGACUGUAUGCCAGAAGCUAGGCUUUUCACUUCCUGAGAUUAAGUUUUGGGACGGAUUUGAUAUGUUAAACAAGGCCAGCUUACAAUUGCGCACAAUUGCAGAAAAAGAGUAUGUAGAGUCUGGAUUAGCAACACCUGAAGAAGUGGAUGAUGAUGAGAAAAAGAAUGACCAACCCUCAACUAAUGGUUCCAAGUAUUCAGUUUUGGACAUAGAUAAAAUAUCAAAAGAUGUACUAAGUCAAACAGAUACAAUAUUUGGCGCAUUAAUGAUCCUCACUUCCGUACUCUCUAAACAAAGGAAGGAUCUACUGUCAUUACUUGAUAGUAGCAAUGCUAAUAAUAAAGACAUCUCCAAGACUGAUGAUGAAAAUGUGGAAGAUUUUCAAAAUGAAACAGGAAAUGUAGCUACAGAAAGAUUUGCAUUGGGAACACAAAAAGCUGACGAGAUGAGGGAACUUUUUUCGUGUGCUGAAAGUGCUCUGGAAGCCUGGGCAAUGCUUGCCACUUCAUUGGGACGUAGUAGUUUGAUUAAGUCUGACUUUGAGAAGAUCUGCUAUCUUGAUAACCCCUCCACCGAUACACAGGUGGCCAUAUGGCGUGAUUCAUUGCGGAAAAGAUUAGUUGUUGCCUUCCGGGGUACUGAGCAAUCAAAAUGGAAGGAUCUACGAACGGACCUAAUGCUACUUCCUGUUGGGCUCAAUCCUGAGAGGCUAAGUGGUGACUUUAAGCAAGAAGUUCAGGUUCAUAGUGGCUUUCUCAGUGCUUAUGAUUCGGUGAAGAAUAGGAUAAUGAUGCUUAUUAAGCUUUCUAUUGAUCCUGAGCCAGAAGAUGAUCUAAGCAUACCCACAUGGGAGGUUUAUGUUACAGGACACAGUCUAGGUGGUGCACUUGCUACCCUGCUUGCCCUCGAACUUUCGUUGAGCCAAAUGGCAAAGCUUGGCAAACUAUCUGUUACUAUGUACAACUUUGGUUCUCCUCGAGUUGGUAAUAGAAGGUUUGCUGAACUCUAUAAUGAGAAAGUCAAAGAUAGUUGGAGAGUUGUGAACCACAGAGACAUUAUUCCAACAGUGCCUCGUCUUAUGGGUUACUGUCAUGUUGCACACCCUGUUUAUCUUGCAGCUGGAGAGUUGAAGGGAUUGGUAGAUAGGGAGUUUCUUGGGGAUGGUUACCAAGGAGAUGUAAUUGGAGAGGUCACCCCUGAUAGCCUUGUAAAUAAGUUUAUGAGAGGGGAGAAGCAACUUAUUGAACAAAUACUACAGACUGAAAUUAAUCUUUUCCGAUCCAUCAGAGAUGGGACUGCCCUUAUGCAGCACAUGGAAGACUUCUACUACAUCACUCUUUUGGAGAGUGUCAGAUUGAACUAUCGGUGUCAACCAACUGACAAAUCAAAUCCAAGUGAGAGUUUGUGAUUGAAGGCUUGCAAAUGAUCGGUCAAGGCAUGUCUUCCGAAGUUCUGUAUAAUCGGCUCAUCAACCAAGCUUUCUAUUUGUAUAUUUCUUGCUUUACACUAUUGUGAUGCUUUGUUAUGAUUAUUUUUCUUAAAGUAGCUUAGGAGUUUUGAUGAGUUCCAUCUCUUGUACAAGAAUCUUGCGUAUGGGGGUUAAGUUCUUUUAGGAGUAUUAGCAGUAUUGUUUACCUGUUUAUUAGAGAAUUUUUAAAUUGAUAUCAAAUUUGUCUAAAUUGAGUUGAAUGAAUAAGUUUGGUAUCAGUUUUGUUUC